AUGGUUAAAACAAGCUGUCGCGCUGGUAGCCCUGGUGCCUGGACACAUCGCCGACCAGAACACAGGGCUGUCAGUGUAGGAAGUGUAUAGUCCCAGCAUCCGGACUCAGUUCGGACAGCGUAUCCGGCGAGUUUGAGCAAUCAGUUAACGACAGGGCUGUUGAGGAUAUAGGAGGACCAGGACAUUGUGUGGUCAAAUCAGAGACUGUGGGAUUAACGCGCGCACGAGGAUGGGGAACUUGUUCAGUCGAAGUGAUUCAGGGGAGAUCACCCAGCCGCGACUCACGUCUGCUCAGCCCAUAGGAGACCCAACACCACAACCACCGCCACCAGCAACAGCAGCAGCAGCAGCGGACGACUUCGCCAUGUACCGACAUCGAUACAGGGGCUACAGGCCAAGCUACACUUUCAAUCCAAACAGGUCCAGCUACUACAGAUAUGCCCGGCGAUACCCAUCCUACAGCUAUCCAAGAUGGCGCCCCCGGGCGAGCGAGCGUGACCGACGUUUCCUCACCUUCCUCAACGACGACAGAUACAGGAACAGAGACUUGAACAGAAUACACAGACCUAGUGACGAGAUAGAAGCAAGCCAACCCGAGGUCCCAGUGGCAGAAGUUGCCACAAGGCUACACGUCAAGGGCGUCGACCUGCACAUCGAAGACAAUGGACGCAACCACGUCACAGAUAUGUACGAGUGUACGUCCGCCCGCACUGGAAGGGAUGGUACCCGCAAACCGGCCGAGCUGGUCAUCCGUCGGGGCCAAGAGUUCACCCUGACCAUAAACUUCGACAGGCCGUAUGACGUAAAGAAGAAUGAUAUCUCACUGACCUUCAACCUCGGGGAUGAUUACAAACCAAAGAAGAGUAUGAACGCGACGUUCAAGGUGGAUGAAACGGGCAGCAAGAAAUAUAAGCCCAAAAAGUGGGGCGCGUCGUUGGUGUCGCAGAAGGGAAAUUCCCUCACCGUCUCGGUUUUCGCUCCCGCCUCCAUCCCAGUAGGAGAGUGGGAGUUCAGCGUCAAAACUAUCGUGGACGUCAAGGACGGCAAAGAUCUCAUCUGGCAAUACAACCACAAUGAAGACAUCAACAUCCUCUUCAACCCUUUUUGUGAAGAGGACUGGGUGUACAUGGAGGACAAGAGCUGGCUGCAAGAGGCGGUGUUAAAUGACAAAGGUUCUCAGUAUUACGGCACCUACACAAAGAUGGGAGCCAGGAGUUGGUUCUUCGGCCAGUUCGAGGACGGCAUUCUGGACGCUGCGUUCCAUCUGGUGAGGAAAGGGUACGGCUACCGCACCACACCCGACAUGGGCAACGCUGCAUCUGUAUCGAGGAUCAUCUCCCAGAUUGUAAACGCCCCCGACGACGACGGCGUGUUGAUGGGCAACUGGAGCGGCAACUACGAGGGAGGGACGCGCCCCACCAAGUGGAACGGCAGCGUCAAGAUACUUCGUCAGUACAUGGACACGGCUAAACCUGUCAAGUACGGCCAGUGCUGGGUCUUUUCUGGAGUCGUCACGGCAGUGUGCCGAGCUCUGGGUCUCCCCUGUCGCAGCAUCACCAACUUCGCCUCUGCCCACAACACCGACACCGACCGCCUCAGUAUUGACGUCCUCAUGAAGGUGGACGAAGACGACAAUGAAACAAAUUUGAGCGAUGAUUCAGUGUGGAACUUCCACGUGUGGAACGAGGUUUGGAUGAGUCGGCCUGAACUGAGUGACUCCAAGGAGUGGGAUGGCUGGCAGGUGAUUGACGCCACUCCCCAGGAGUACAGCGACGGGGUCUACUGCUGCGGUCCUGCCCCGGUCAAGGCCAUCAAAGAAGGGGAGAUAAAUGUUGGCAAAGACGCAGCUUUCAUAUUUUCUGAAGUAAAUGCUGACCGCGUUGAAUUCAAAGAGGAUCCUUGCUCAGGGGUGAUGGUGGAGAUAAGCAGGAGAACCAGCAGCGUGGGCAAAAACAUCAGUACACACAUGCCGACGGGUAGGGCGUACAGGGGCGCCUCCAUGAGAAGGAGGGGGUUUGAAAGCGAAAGCGAGAACCUGGAGCGUCUCGACGUCACUGACAAGUACAAGUAUGAGGAAGGUAGUGAAAAAGAACGAAGUAUUGUGAAGAAGGCAGAGCGAAUGUUUCUCCUGGCACACUGUGGCUUUGAACACGAUGAUGAAGAGGAGUUGGAUGUCCUUCCGCUUGAGGACAUCGAAAUUGAAAUUGAGGAGAUGGAUGACAUAUUUGUGGGUAACGGGUUCGAGUUCACCGUGCACGUGAAGAACAAGGGUAAAGAAGACGCGUGCUUCAAGGACAUCACCCUGAGGGUGCUCUACAAGACGUACCAUGACACGUGCCAGGGGGUCGCGGCCUUGAGGAAAGUCAAGGACAUUCAGCUGGGCCCGAACCAGACCGAGACGUUGACGGUUGAAGUGGACAAGGACCGCGCCACUGCCUAUCCAAACUUGGGGUUCAACUUUGAACUGAGAGCAAUCGCGACCUUCUUCCACACAUACAACGUCGUCAGUGAAAGCGAACUGUUCAGACUGAGGCGACCGGACCUUGAAGUGAAGGGUCCAGAGACGUGCCGUCUGUCUGAUGUCCUCAAGGUCGAGCUGAUGUUCACCAACCCUCUUGACGUGGUGCUGACCGAGUGCGAGAUCGACAUCGAGGGGGGUCUGGAGUGCGUGGACCCCGAUAAGGACACGUUCCCCGUGCCGGAUAUACAACCGAAGGGGACGUGGAGCCGCACCCUGACCAUGAAGCCACACCGUCACCCCCGGGGAAGCAAGGACAGAGACAUCAGCAUCGGCUUCGACUCCAAACAGUUGUCGGACAUCAUAGGCUACUAUGCUGUGGAAAUCAAGUCGUAGCUGACACGCUCACAGAAACAUUUCUCCAAGCCUUAGUCUGUCGCUGUCUGUGAUUCCUGAAACCUGACUCAACCAAUAUGAAAUCUUUCUAUGACAACUGCCUGCGUGGCACAUCCUUGGGAGUCCUCACUCCCACCCUUCCAAUAAUGUAUUAUAUAAGACCGGAUCAGCUGUCUGUAUGUUGUGAGAGUCUAACUCAAGUUAUGCGUCGUAUUAUAUUUCACAUCAAAUUGUCAUAGGUUAUGUUUUAUCAUGACAUCAGAACAUACGUACCUCGAUUUGUACUUUUUACAAUUGGCUCAUACAAAAACUAUACCAGGUAUAUGCUUCUCGUCUAUAUUAAUUGAUGUUUUUAUCAAACUAAACUGAAUACAAUCACUGUUCAAGUUUUCAUCUCGACGCGUAUAAUCCAGAUUGAUUAAGAUAGUUAAAUGUAAGUUUAUCUGUCAAAAUUGGGAUUUGAGCCCCGGGUAAGACUGUCAGUAUGUGCGAUGCACGUCGCGUCGCGUCGCGCCGCGUCAAUGAAAAAAUGUAUGUUUCUUGCUGAAAUGUUUUUUACGUAUUCAAGUGCCCUUCUAAAGGCUUAUUUGUUUUCUACAGUUUUGAAAUAAGUUAUUUUAUUAACAAUAUUUAUGAUAUGCUAUGCUCAAAGUAUGCAAUAUUUUCACAUUGUUGCCUGUUGAAUAUGUAACCUACCACCCAGCUCUAUUCAUAAAGUAUAAACGUAUAUGUAUAUGAGUGAUAAAUUCUAUCUCAGCACACUCGAUUGAUGGACAAUGUGAUACAUUUAUUGGCGCAAUGUGUGUCCCCGUGAGUUAUGAUAUAUAUCUAGCAGUAUCGGCGCAUAGGGCAUGAUGACCACCACAAGCGGAAAUGAGGUACAUCCUCGAUUUUCCAGUGUAUCACAUUUCCAUUCUAUAACGAUGAAUACCCCGAGCCCAAAAGUUACCAUCGCGACAUUUGAAGUCCAAUUCGGGAUGGUGGGGUAGCCUAGUGGUUAAAGCGUUCGCUCGACACGCCGAAGACUCGGGUUCGAAAUCCCACAUGGGUACAGUGUGUGAAGUCCAUUUAUGAUGUCCCCGCCGCAAUAUUUUGCUAAAUGCGCCGUAAAACCGUGCUCAAUCACUCGCUCAUUAAGUCCGAAUGACAACACGAUGCUAAAAAUCACCGUCUACUCAAACUACACCCACGGCGAGAGAAAUUCUGUGCGAAGGUACUGAUAAGAGUCAGUGAGUGAAAUGGGCUUCACACUGCUUUUGGCAAUAUUCCAGCAAUAUCAUGGCGGGGGACACCCUAAAUCUGCUUCACGUAUUGUACCCUAACUGAUUAGAGGUCGUCAGUUCCGAAGCUACAACUGUACAGAAAAAUAUAUACGUUACGUUAGUCUAUUACUAAACAUUCUUUAUACACUGUAGGUCUGUGUACGAUAAUAAACAACAUUAGAAGAGUCCAGGGUACUUAUCCUAAUAGAAUGGAGAUAUAUGACACUGGACAAACGAGGAUGGGUAAGAUACAUAAUGUGACUAUGGCUGUAUUUUACAGCCAGUAGUUAAUGGAUUUCCCUUGGGAGCAUAUUAUCUUCUAGUACGUUUAUCAAAAUAUUUCCCUUAGUAACAUAUCGACAUUUAUCUUAUAAAUUUUGGUAGCAACACCUUCAUGUGAGUUUUUUUUUCUUAAAAUGAUAUAUCCUAUCAAAGCAAUAAAUAGUACUUCUUUACUGUUUCUGUGGUAGUAUUAAUGUUACAAGUGAAAUUUCACUGUUCUGAUAAACUUUAACGCUUUUACGUCAUUGUUCAAAAACGCGUUAUUCCUCAAAAUGUUCACAAACACAAUAAAGCUACAAAAAUGAUUACUUGUUUGGACAAGGAUAGGUUUGUGUGGGAUAUACAAUCUGAAAUGGGAUACUCUCUCCAGAAAAAAAUUCUUUUUUAAUUUAUAAUAGUUUGGAAUAUAAUAACAUAAGCCCCUUUAAAGGAAGAAAUUCAGCACUAACAAUUCUAUAUAAGAGAACAUUCAUGUUUCCUGUUGUUCAUCCGAAGAACAAAUAAUCUGCUUGCUGUGGCCUUCAUAGUUUUACCAUGGCAACGGAUGUGUUUAUAGGUUGAUGAUCUCGUCUUGUCUCUCUUGUGAUACCAUAUUUGGGCAGAUACGAUAUAUUAUAUAUUUUCAGGUUAUAGUAUUUUAUAGCUCUGUUUCACAAUCCAUAUACAUCUUUGUACUUGUUAAUAAAACACUUUCAGUUUGAAAA